AUGGAGACAAAGCGUAAACAUAGUGUAGUGCACACUGGAGAGAAACCAUAUGAAUGUCGCACCUGUAGGAAAGCCUUCACUCAGCGAUCUCAGCGUGCCAAACACGAGAGAAUACACACUGGGGAGAAGCCCUAUGAAUGUCGCACCUGUGGAAAAGCCUUCAUUUACUCAUCUCAACGUGCCAGACACGAGAGAACACACACUGGAGAGAAGCCCUAUGAAUGUCGCACCUGUGGGAAAGCCUUCACUUUGCAAUGUUCUCGUGCCAAACAUGAGAGAAAACACACUGGAAAGAAGCCCUAUGAAUGUCGCACCUGUGGGAAAGCCUUCACUUUGCAAAGUUCUCGUUCCUCACAUGAGAGAAUACACACUGGAGAGAAGCCCUAUGAAUGUCGCACCUGUGGAGAAGCCUUCACUUACUCAUCUCAACGUGCCACACAUGAGAGAACACACACCGGAGAGAAGCCCUAUGAAUGUCGCACCUGUGGGAAAGCAUUCACUGUGAAAUCUUCUCUUGCCAAACAUGAGAGAAUACACACUGGAGAGAAACCCUAUGAAUGUCGCACCUGUGGGAAAGCCUUCACUGAUCCAUCGUCUCGUUCCUCACAUGAGAGAAUACACACUGGAGAGAAGCCCUAUGAAUGUCGCACCUGUGGAGAAGCCUUCACUUACUCAUAUCAACGUGCCACACAUGAGAGAACACACACCGGAGAGAAGCCCUAUGAAUGUCGCACUUGUGGGAAAGCAUUCACUGUGAAAUCUUCUCUUGUCAAACAUGAGAGAAUACACACUGGAGAGAAACCCUAUGAAUGUCGCACCUGUGGGAAAGCCUUCACUACAUCAUCUCAACGUGCCAAACAUGAGAGAAUACACACUGGAGAGAAACCCUAUUAA